AUGGCAGCCAGAUCUCUAACAACUUUUGGUGAAGGAGAAUAUGGUAAUCCAAGUAGUUAUGUAAGAGAAAAUGGUGUUGAAAGCUAUGGUGGUGGAUAUAAUCCCAAAGAUUAUCGAUAUAGAAAAUAUAAUAAUGAUUAUUAUUGGGGUCGGGGAAAGUGUGAUCAAGUGGGUAUUGAUUCUGGUUAUGGUGUUGGAAGAUAUGGUAGUGGAUAUAAUCCUAAAGGUUAUGAAUAUGAAAAAUAUAAUAAUGAUUAUUAUUGGGGUUGGAGGAAGUAUGGUCGUCAAGGGUGUACUGGUUCUGGCUAUGGUGUUGGAGGCUAUGAUGGUGGAUAUUAUCCUAAAGAUAAUGAAUAUGGAAAAUAUAAUAAUGAUUAUUAUUGGGGUUGGAGAAUGUAUGGUCAAGGAGGUAUUGGUUCUGGUUAUAGUGUUCCUAGAUAUGAAACUGGAAAAGGUAAAUAUAGGGAUUGUGAUUAUGUAGGUGGUCGAGGAAAACGUGGAGGACCAUUCAAAGAAUAUGUAUAUUCUAAUUAUGGAAGUGGAAACAAAAGUGACAUAUCGCCUAAAGAAUAUAAUGGUCAUCAAAGAAGCAGUGUAUAUGGUGAAGAUUGUACUGGUACUGAAUCUUAA